CCCGCCCGUCAACGUGAGAAUCUCGUAUCUGGCCAAAUUCCUUGCUCCCUCAGUCAGAGACGCAUGAGGAGGAGCGCCCUGUGUCAUCUUCUUGGACUCUGCACGGCCCUUGUUCCGUUCAAAUACCUACACCUCUCUUGAGUUUGUUCUGAGCCACGAGACGAACCGCCUGCGCGAAGACAAGCGAAGUGCCGUCGACGACAACCUCUAAACCCCCAAUCACCUGUAUGGUUUUCGCAUCCUCGUCCACCCCGUGAGACCGCCACCCAUGGCCCGCCCCAUGGGGUCAGUUCGCUUGAAGAAGGCGAACCCAGUUACCCUUCUUCUCGGCGCAGUGUUGUGCAUUUUUAUCAUUGUCUUUCUCGUCGGGCCCUCCAAGUCGGUCAAGGCAGAACCGGCCGGGACCGCCUCUCACCACCUAUCACCGCCAACCGCACCCUACCGAAAGAAGGCCAAAGGCGACACGAGGCCGCCACCGGUCGUCCGCUACAACCUCAACAAUGUCACCAUCACGACCGAUCCAAUUGGCAACCGCGAGUCCGUCCUCAUCUUGACGCCGAUGGCACGUUUCUACCAGGACUAUUGGGACAACCUGCUCAACCUGAACUACCCCCACGACCUUAUCUCCCUCGGUUUCAUCCUACCCAAGACCAAGGAGGGAAAUGCUGCGACGGCGGCUUUGCAGGAACAGAUCACCAAGACUCAGAGCUCGGAGAAGAACCGCUUCAAGAGCAUCGUCAUUAUGCGGCAGGAUUUCGAGCCAGCCAUCACAUCCCAAGACGAGAGUGAGCGGCACAAGAUGGAGAACCAGAAAGCCAGGCGGGCCGUCAUGUCCAAGGCCCGUAAUUCGCUGCUAUUCACAACCUUGGGGCCCCAAACAUCGUGGGUUCUGUGGCUGGAUGCCGACAUUGUCGAAACGCCGCCAUCUCUCAUCCAGGAUCUAGCAUCGCACGACAAGCCCGUCAUCGUCCCUAACUGUUUCCAGCGGUUUAUGAACACCGAGACCAAUAAGAUAGAGGAGCGGCCCUACGACUUCAACAGCUGGCAGGACAGUGAGAUUGCGCAGAAGAUGGCCGAGACAAUGGGUCCAGACGAUAUCUUGCUCGAGGGGUACAAGGACAUGCCAACGUACCGUGCGUUGAUGGCGUACUUGGGCACCGACGACAAAGACAAGCGGAUGGAAAUCCCGUUGGACGGCGUCGGCGGCACCGCGCUACUCGUCAAGGCAGACGUCCACCGUGAUGGGGCUAUGUUCCCGCCGUUCUCCUUCUACCAUCUCAUCGAGACCGAGGGCUUUGCCAAGAUGGCGAAGCGCUUGGGCUGGCAGCCGUUUGGUCUCCCGAACUACAGAGUCUAUCACUAUAAUGAGUAGUGACCUGUGUAGCGACGGAUGGGAGCCAGAACACACGCCUACCACUUGUCUUUUCUCAGUGAGACAGAAACAAUACCCUCUUCCUCCUUGGGGCCGCCGACAGCACUGGCGGUGACAUCACGAUUUUACGCGCGGACCUUAUUGGAAAGAAUAACCAUUGUGCAGAUACCCCCUUUUUCGUAUCUUGCCAAACGUAAUUGCAUUCGAAAUACUCGGAAGAGAAAAAGGGGGGGCUAGGGUGGAUGAGACAGGCGUUCUUUGUAGUAUAUUCACACCCGCACAACAAACCACCCACCCACACUUGCUUAUUAUCGUUCUGCGAUGGAUUCAGGAGUCUGGGAAACAGUGGACAAUCGGGCAAGGCAGGACUCGAGCGGCCAGGCGACGGCGUCCGAGGGGAUGUAAGAGUAAAUAUGGAAGCGCCGACAGGUCCGGAGAAGGCGGCGGGCACGGGGCUAAAUCAUGGGCUGUGCAAGAUAUCUCCAGCAUUAGAAGAAGAGUCGCUUUUCCCUUCGAGGGUCCGGGCGUGAUAAAUGAAGCAAUAUGUUAUCCAAAGAUAAAGGAAACCCCCAAAUACCCCAUGGCCGUGUUUCUGCCAGUUUGUAUGAUUACCCUGAUGGGCUAUGAUCAGCACGCCGUUCCGCCCAAACGUAAAGCGAUGAUGAAAUCCCCCGUACACGCCCAGGCCCGCUUCCAAUCCCCAUCCUAUGUUAUCCCUUUAACAUGUCUUCUUGUCUUCAGGCAAUACCCGUCCCAAGACCUUGUUGCCCUUAUUCUCAUCUCAUUUCCCUCCUCUUGCGAUUAUGGGCCCUCCCCCGCGACGUCAUCUCGCAGAGCAGCGCCCCAACGCGAUUCACUAUGGUCC